GAGGGUGGCGGUUGGCAGCACGUGAGGCGGUCACGGGACCAGGCGGGUUGGGGACGGUUGGGCUGAGCGCGCGGGGCCGGGGCUGUGUGUGAUGGACUCGCUCUCCCCCGACUGGGAGUUUGAUCGGUUUGAUGACGGCUCUCAGAAAAUCCAUGCUGAAGUCCAGCUGAAGAAUUAUGGGAAAUUUCUGGAGGAAUAUACCAAUCAAUUGAAAGGAAUUGAAGAUGCAUUGGAUGAUUCUGUGGGAGAUGUUUGGGAUUUUACUUUGGAUCCCAUAGCCUUAAAGCUCCUGCCAUAUGAACAAUCCUCAUUAUUGGAACUUAUUAAAACAGAAAAUAAGGUCUUAAAUAAAGUGAUUACAGUUUAUGCUGCUCUUUGUUCUGAAAUUAAAAAGUUGAAAUAUGAGGCGGAGACUAAAUUUUACAAUGGCCUUCUUUUCUAUGGAGAAGGGGUUACAGACUCCAGCAUGGUGGAAGGAGAAUCACAAAUCCAAAUGGGCAGAUUUAUUUCUUUCUUACAGGAAUUUUCUUGUUUUGUUACAAGAUGCUAUGAAGUGGUGGUAAAUGUGGUUCAGCAACUCGCUUCUCUAUACACCAGUAGCAAAAAUGCACCUAAAAUCAUAGAAACAUCUGGAGUGCAUUUCCAGACUGUAUAUGAACACCUUGGGGAGCUCCUGGCUGCUCUUCUCACAUUGGAUGAAAUAAUCGGGAACCAUGUUACAUUAAAGGACCAUUGGACCAUGUACAAAAGGUUACUGAAAUCAGUCCAUCACAAUCCCUCAAAGUUUGGAAUUGCAGAGGAGAAACUCAAACCAUUUGAGAAAUUAUUGUUCAAACUGGAGGGACAGCUUUUGGAUGGAAUGAUUUUUCAGGCCUGUGUUGAACAACAGUUUGAUACAAGGAAUGAGCCUAUUUCAGUCUCGAAGAAUAGCACAUUUGCAGAAGAGUUUGGCCAUAAUAUCCGUACUAUUUUCUCCAAUGUAGAAUCCAAACUUGGGGAGCCUUCAGAGAUUGACCAGAGAGACAAAUAUGUGGGUGUCUGUGCACUUUUCGUAUUGCACUUUCUGAUUUUUCGGACCUUAGAUAAGAAGUUGUACAAAUCCUUACUCGAUGUUUGCAAGAAGGUGCCUGCGAUUACACUCACUGCCAAUAUUAUCUGGUUUCCUGAUCACUUCCUGCUGAACAAACUGGCACCGGCUGCCAAGGUUGUGGAAAAGAAGAACCUGCAAGCAAUCAAAAUUCAGAGAGAAAUGUUUCUACAACAGAAGGCCCAGACUCUGUCUAAAGAUGUGCAAUCAUAUUACUUGUUUGUAAGCUCAUGGAUGAUGAAAAUGGAAUCCAUUUUGUCCAAGAAGCAGAGUAUGGACAAGUUUGCUGAGGAUCUUUCCAACAGAUGUGGUAUUUUUAUACAGGGUAUUCUGUAUGCAAACAGUCUUAGUAACAUCAUCCGAACCACGAUGAAUUUGUAUAUGUCAAUGCAAAAACCUAUGACUAAAACAUCUGUGAAAGCACUGUGUAGACUUGUGGAACUUCUAAAGGCAAUCGAACACACUGUGCAUAGAAGGACCAUGGUUAUUGCAGAUUCUGUAUGUCACAUUGCCCAGUAUCUUCAGCAUCAAGCCCUCAAUUCUAUAGCAACUGCAAAGAAAAGGGUGAUCUCUGACAAGAAGUAUAGUGAGCAGCGCCUGGAUGUACUAUCAGCUCUGGUGUUAGCUGAAAAUGCUCUGAAUGGACCCAGUACCAAAGAGCGCAGACUAGUAAUUGCACUUGCACUAAGUGUGGGCACUCAGAUGAAAACAUUUCGAGAUGAAGAGUUGCUCCCGUUACAAGUUGUUCUGAAGAAAUUGGAUCUUGUCACCGAGUUGAGGGAGAGGGUUAGAGUGCUGUGUGAUUGCAGCUUCUUGUACUGGCAUCGGACCAUUUUCCCCAUCUAUUUAGAUGAUGUGUAUGACAAUGCUGUUGAUGCUGCCAGAGUCCAUUACAUGUUUAGUGCUCUGAGGGAUUGUGUCCCACCAAUGAAGCAUGCAAGACAUCUGGAGUCAACCCAAUUAUUACUGGAGUGUUUUGAUAAAGAAAUCAUGGAUGUGCUCAAUGAGCACUUGCUGGACAAGCUGUGUAAAGAGAUUGAAAAGGAUCUGAGGCUGUCUGUACACACACAUUUAAAGUUAGAUGACAGGAAUCCUUUUAAAGUUGGCAUAAAGGACUUGACCCACUUCUUCUCUAUCAAACCAAUCCGUUUUUUUAACAGAUUCAUUGAUGCCAAAGCUUAUGUAACUCACUACCUGGACAAGACGUUCUAUAACUUGACGACUGUGGCCCUUCAUGACUGGGCAACUUAUAGUGAAAUGAGAAAUCUAGCAACCCAGCGCUAUAGUCUUAUGAUGACUGAGGCGCAUCUUCCUAGCCAAACCCUGGAACAGGGGUUAGAUGUCCUAGAAAUCAUGCGAAACAUUCAUGUCUUUGUUUCACGCUACCUCUACAAUCUCAACAACCAGAUCUUUAUCGAACGCACAAGCAACAAUAAGCAUCUAAAUACAAUCAACAUUCGGCAUGUUGCAAACUCAAUUCGUACACAUGGAACUGGCAUCAUGAACACAACGGUCAAUUUCACUUACCAAUUUCUGAGGAAAAAGUUUUAUAUCUUCAGUCAGUUCAUGUAUGAUGAACACAUUAAGUCCAGAUUAAUCAAGGAUAUUCGAUUCUUUAAGGAGACCAAGGACCAAAACGAUCAAAAGUACCCCUUUGACAGAGCAGAUAAAUUUAAUCGAGGCAUCAGAAAGCUUGGCCUGACGCCAGAGGGACAGAGUUACCUGGAUCAGUUCAGGCAGCUGAUCAGUCAGAUAGGGAAUGCAAUGGGCUAUGUUCGAAUGAUUCGAUCUGGUGGACUACAUUGUUGUAGUAAUGCCAUAAGGUUUGUUCCAGACUUGGAGGACAUUGUGAACUUUGAGGAGCUUGUGAAAGAGGAAGGACUUUCUGAGGAGACUCAAAUAGCAGCAAGACAGCUGGACUCCGUCCUGAGUGACCUCACCAGAAACUCGGCUGAAGGGACCGAGUACUUCAAGAUGCUGGUGGAGGUAUUCUCUCCUGAAUUCCGUAGUCCUAAAAAUAUGCAUCUUCGCAACUUCUACAUCAUUGUACCACCACUGACGUUAAACUUUGUUGAACAUUCAAUAAGCUGCAAAGAGAAAUUGAACAAGAAGAAUAAAGUUGGAGCUGCCUUUACUGAUGAUGGCUUUGCAAUGGGUGUUGCCUACAUUCUUAAACUGCUGGAUCAAUACCAGGAGUUUGACUCGUUGCACUGGUUUCAAUCAGUGAGGGAGAAAUAUAUGACGGAAAAGAAUGCAGUUGUCAAACAACAGAAUGUACAGUCAACUAAUCAAGAUGAAAAGCUAAUGCAAACAAUGAACCUAACUCAGAAACGCUUGGACAUAUAUUUACAGGAGUUUGAGUUGCUGUAUUUUUCGUUGAGUAGUGCUCGGAUUUUCUUCAGAGGAGAUAAAACUGCGGCUGAAGAAAACCAGGAACAAAAAGAUAGAGAAGAUGAAACUACUAAAUCGAACAAUGACUCCCUGAACAGUUCCUUGCCUGACUCUGCUAUGAAGUGAUGUGCAAUGGUGCCAUAUUAAAACAAACCUUAUUUCCA